GAGUGACAAUGAUGAAACAGUAAGAAAUGACAACAAUAUAAAAGUGAGUGUGAAACGUGUUCUUAGAUCACCAGGAUACAGUAUUCUGCUUGGUCUCACUCUGUUUUCGAUCUGCAUUUGCUUCUGGAUCAUAUUCGGCGAUGAGUCUUUUGAUUGUGAUAAUCGUGGAGAUGACUUCUUGGUGAAUUUGGUGAAUGGCGUUUGCUUCACUGUCUUACUGAUUUACGUUGCCUGUCGAAGGUUUGAGAAUCGUCUUGGACAACUGUGCCUUAAAAUAUUUGGCUUCCUUGCUUUGGUCAUGAUUCAGCUCAUUGUGGCGGCUGUGGCUCACUUUGACAAAGAAGAGAAGUUUGAUGACAACAGUACGGCAAUUGAACAUUGUUACCAAGAACGAGGCAAAUCAGUAGUGGCUGGUUCGUACUGGUUUGGUGCCAUUCUUCUGAUUGCAUUCAUUGCUCUCCUCAUUGUCGACUUGUGUGUGAAAAAGGAUGAAGAAGAUGAGCAUCAUUUGACUGUUUUUGACAUUAUCAGGACGUCUAUUGCAGUUACAGCCAGCAUCCUGUACAUGAUUGGGUUGGUGUUUGUUGUGCACGUUGAUAGUACAUCACAGUGUCUUAAUCAUGGACGGUGGUUCAUUUUCCUUGCGUUGUUUCCUGCAUUUGUUGGUCUACUUGUGAGUGCUCUUCAAACUGUCAAAAGCAUUCGUGAAAAGAGGAGAGAAAUCCAAGAAUACCGUUAUUCUAUAGAGCUGCUAAGAAUUCGUAGUCAGUCUUCGCAAAAGCAUCUCUAUCUAUUUGAUGGAUUUCCUCACCUCUCUGCCAAAACUGAAGGAUCAAGCUUCAUGCUUGACGAGGAUGUCCUAAAAGAGAUAGGCGAAGUGCUGAUUGAUCCUGGAAGGAUAGACAUCAAAGUUACAAUUGGAAAAGGCAAUUUUGGAGAGGUUUUCAAGGGUAUGCUUGAUACAGACAACGAAGUCGCAGUGAAAUCGGUGCAGGAUGUAACUAGUCAAAAGGAGGUGACUGAUUUUAUACGGGAAGGACUGCAGAUGAAGGCAUUCGAUCAUCCCAAUGUAAUGGAACUGGUUGGGAUCUGUUGGCUAAACGACGACAGCGCAAAGGUACGAAUGACUGCACCAUUGAUUGUACUGCCAUUUAUGGAGAGAGGAGAUCUCAAGAACUACCUGAGAAAAAGCAGACCAGGAAAGCUUUCUCCGGAGGAAGCAUUGAAAAGUCCAAUCAAUCUUGCUCAACUAGCAAAGUUUUGUCAUCAGAUUGGUAUGGGAAUGGAAUAUCUCAGCAAGCAGGGCAUCAUUCAUCGUGAUCUUGCCGCCAGAAACUGCAUGGUGAACAAUGAUUUGGAAAUAAAAGUGGCCGACUUUGGUCUUUCUCGUGCAAUGUCUGAGGGCAAGGACUAUUAUAGGAUGGGACAUGGAGGCCAGCUGCCAGUGAAAUGGAUGGCACCUGAAAGUCUCAUCGAUUUCUUCUUCACAGAAAAAUCUGACGUGUGGGCAUUUGGUGUUACUAUGUGGGAAGUCAUGACUUUGGCUCAAGUUCCCUAUCCUGGUGUCUCCAAUCAAGAUGUUAUUCCCUACCUUAAACGAGGAAAUCGUCUCCACAAACCUGAUGAGUGUCCAUUUGAAUUAUACGAAAUUAUGAAGCGUUGCUGGAUAAUCAACGCGGAGGAACGUCCUACGUUCACAAGUCUGGUCCGGGAUAUUGAAGAAUUCCUCACUGAGUUAAUGAAUUACUUUGAUCCUAAUGCUGCUGAUGAACCUGUCCCACCGGAUCCUUACUCAAACUGGUCUCAGGCACGUUCGGCCGAAAUCAUGGAGAUCGAAGAGCAGGCUGAGAGAGAAAGAGCAAAUCGUGAGAAUGAGCCAGAUGGUGGUGAAGGAUUAGGAUUAGAGCUUCUGGACAAGCUAGGACGAGGUGGUGACGUGGUUGUCAAUAUGACUGCAGUGGAGGAGAAUGAUGAAACACCUCGUUAUCAUCAGUCAGAGUUGGAGAAUGAGGAAACACCUCGUUAUCAUCAGUCAGAGUUGGAUGUUUAGAACUUGCACAACAGUGAGCAGUGCAUUAUCGUAUCACAGCACAGCAAUAAGCAGCUUAUUAUUGGUAUCCAUUAUGUAUCCAUUAUCCAUUAUCGGUAUCCAUUAUUGGUAUCAGGUGUAGAUAGUUGCAGCAUGGUAAUAGGUAGGUCAUCUUCAUGAGUAGCGAACAGAUAUUUGUAGUGAUCUACAAUUUGUGUUGACAUUUUCAUAUAGUAUGUAUUGAUGACAUUGUCUAGUGUUGUGCGACUUGUGGAAUAUCCUGCUAAGUACUAAACGUAAUUUUAGUCACUACACAGUGAAGUCACAGGACUCAGGAGUAGUAAAUUCAACUGGUAACUAUCGAGUGUUACAAGCGAAUUUGCCCUAACAGUGAACAGCAUUUGUGGCACAUGAAGUCAUGUGAGUCAAUUCAGGCUCUCAUGGCAGGACAAGAGUUACUCAAUCAGUAGUUAGGAUCUGACGCCAUGGAA